GGACCCCAUCCGCUCUCGUCAACGUUGGCCGGCGUGCGCGGAAGAGCCACCGAGAGGGCUCCAAGCCUCAGCGGCGCUUUGCCUUAGUCUUGCAGGACAUGUCACCUACAUACCGCAGUAUGUCCUGUGUGAGCUUCAUGGCUACCUCCUCAGUACAAAUUGUCGGGGAAGACACCACCUCCAGACAAUCUACUCCACCGCAUACCAGUAUCAUCUUCUCACCCAUAGCAGACCCGUUUGUGACUCCCUAGGACAUCACGCCGCUAUGUUGAAGCGAGCAAUGCCAGGCAGCCCUCUACGGCGAUUCGUGGACGUCCUGUUAGAUGCCGUCUUCGAUCACACCCAACCCUCAAGCUCGGGUCCUGAUUUCCUGUGGACUGAACCCAACGAAUAUUCCCAACUACAGUGCCGGGGCUGUGACGAGGUAUGCCAGCUCCUGCGCUGGGGCGAAGUGCAAAGGAGACGAGACAAAUCUUAUGAGGGGUCGUCGCCUUCUCGCAUCGUGCAUAACAGCUACCUCGAACUCGACCGCUGCGCAGGGGUGUCAGGUUGCGACACUUGCCGCAUAUUUCGCCGAGCCUUCCUCCUGGAACAGGUUACAAAACGAGACGCGGAGCGCUUGCAGCACCCCGACAAUCAAUGGCCGGUCCAUGCGGUGCUGGAUCUCGACUCCACCGGCGGGAGUCUGUUGUCCCUGACCAUCAGGUCGCCAAAGAGAAUCAUCUUUUCCGCGACGGUCCACCUGAGUGAUGAGCCUCGGCCCCGCGCUCAGGAUGUGACCAGGAGGCUCGCCGGGCUGCGCUGCAACUACGACGAACUACGCCGGGUCAUUGACGACUGCCGACAACAUCACAAUUGUUCUUCUAAUCACCGUUGGUCUCGUCGAAACCCAACAUGGCUCCUCAAGAUCCUCGGCAAUAAUCGGGUCCAAUUGAUUGAAGGGCCACCUGAGCCUGUCGACUACGUGGUGCUCAGCUACUCCUGGGGAGACCCGGCGACCAUGCCUGCUACUGAAUGGGCGAGAAUCAAGGGCGCUGGCACCAAGACAAUCGACGGACGGCCUGUCCCCGAGCGGCUGAACCCCUUUCUCAUGUGGGAGCUACCGGAAACCAUGCAAGAUGCCAUCCUGCUGUCGGCGUCGCUGGGAUUUUCGUACCUCUGGUACGACAAUGCCUGUAUUCCCAAGGGUACCGACUGGGAUUCGGAGGCUUCCAUCAUGCACGAGGUGUAUGGUAACGCGGCCUUCACGCUUGUUGCCUCGUCGAGCACCAAGGCAACCGACCACUUGAUACACGACAGGCUCGCUUGGACACACCGCAGCAAAGCAUGCAAGCUGCGCGGCAUGUGGCUACACAACACCUUACUGCCUCUGGACCGAGUCCGCUUCCAGUCCCCCGUAUCACAGAGGGCAUGGACACUCCAGGAAGAGCGUUUAUCACCGAGGGUCGUGUAUUGGACCGCCCAGCAAUGGUACUGGUCUUGCUCCGAGCGUCAAGUGGCCGAGAUGGGCGAGCUUCAAAGCAUAUCCCCACCUAGCGACGAGACACCUCGAAGCUGUCCGCAACGGUUCCUUGAGCUCUGCCACACCGGGGACGAGGAAGAACUGCACGACGAGUGGCUCGAUGUUGUAGAAGCCUAUACGCCACGGGACCUCGUGGAGCCCAAGGAUCGAUUCUUGGCCAUCGCCGGCCUCGCCGUGCGCUUCUACAAUGCGAAAGCGGUCACCGGCGGAACGGCGGUGACGGAAGACUACUUGGCCGGACUCUGGAAAGACAACCUCGCCAGGCACCUCGCCUGGUCGGUUGUAAGUGCAGUCGACCCGCGGCAUAACCUGCAACACAUUGCGCCGUCAUGGUCGUGGGCAUCGCUGCCUCUCCAGGUCCACACUCGGACAAAGGCCCCAUUCAGGCCGUCUAAACACUUCGAACUUAUUGCAGUCGAGCACGUUGACGCGGCGGAUGCGAAGCCAAUACCACACCAAGCCGCGACAAGGCCUGAGAGUGCCUCCACCGACUACGUCAACCGAGGGCGACCCGUGGAGGAGCGAGGCAGGGGCGUCAAGGUCGUCGAGGUCCAGGGCCGCUUCCGGCGCUUCAUCGCCGAAGACGGCCAGAAAGUCAGGUGGGAAGCCAUCGAAUGCAAGCGCGCCGGCCAGCGAUCGAGCUUCGACUUCCGCGCCUUCCCCGGCCAGCAUAUCUACGCACGCCACCCGGACGACGGCCGCAUCAUGUCUCGAGAUGCGCACAGCGGCGAGGUUGUCGGGCAGCUCGAUUACCUGGUCCAAUGUGAACACGCCAGAUCCGCGGAUCAACACGAUACUGCGUACCUGGCGGAGGAUGCCGAAAAGGAACUAGUGUGUCUUGAAUUGGGCGAGUUGGCGAUGCUCUUACUAGUGCCGAGCCAGAACUGCGAUCAACCUGAUUCGUACAGGCGGGUUGGCGUUGCCAUCGCAUACGGCAACCGUAAGGGUUUCUUUUACGGGUGUGACACAAAAAGGAUACGUCUCGUAUGAGGACGUCGGGUAAUUCGAAGAUGGGCUGUACAGUCCUAUUUUGCGUCGUUGGUGGGUUGUAUUAUUAUCCCCGUUAUUUGUAUCAGGUCUGUACUACAACUUUUCCUGGGGACUAUUAUGACGGAAUAAUCAUAUACCUCGGGGCACUGGUGGGCUAUCUUGUUGCUGGACAAUGACAUUCAAGUUAGAAUUUAACACAUGCUCUGACCUUGGUCACCAAGUAUCCUUAUCAAGUGG